GGGAUGCGUCAUGUACGGUCUUUUUAAAAGACGGCGUAUCCCUGUCAAAGUAGUUAACCUUCAGCUACAACGCCAAUAUACAUAUUUGCAGAGGCGGGCGAGCCUUUAAUAUGUAUCGAACUAACGCGUUAAACAGAAAAAACUAUGGUAGUUGUAGUCUUUUUUUUUUUCUACGCCAAUACGAAUGAAAUACAUGACGUCUUGCAGUUUAAGAGCGCAGCAGCAUGUGUUUUUCUACUGGGUCAACCAAUGGCUGUGAAGUUGAGGUGGCCACAACAGCGUGUGAGCCAAUGGGCGACCGGGCAGGAGGUGGAGGCGGGGCUUGUUGACCCAUCAGUCACGUUCGGGAGGCGGGGACAAGGAUCAACGAGAGAAACGCUCGGCUAGUCGACGAGAGGCACUUUUUCCCUAUCCGCAUCCUACAUUGACUAGGUCUAACGGACGACACGUAUAACGCAUAAUCCCCCCCGGAUUACGCACAUCAAUGAUUCUAUGGAUUACUGAUACAUUUUCAUCGAAACACAGGGGAUUUUUGAAAGAGUUGUUGCACUGGUCGCCAGGAGGACUCGUUGAGAGAUGAAGACCCUGGAUGAGCCCCCCUACCUCACGGUAGGGACGGACGUGAGCGCGAAGUACCGAGGGGCGUUCUGCGAGGCCAAGAUCAAGAUGGCCAAGAGACUGGUCAAGGCUAAGGUGACCUUUAAGCCUGAUCUGUCGACCGCCGAGGUACAAGAUGAACACAUCAAAGGGCCUCUGAAGGUGGGGGCCGUUGUGGAAGUGAAGAACCAGGAGGGGGUCUACCAAGAGGCUACCAUCAAUAAGCUGACCGAUGCCAGUAUAUACACUGUUGUGUUUGACGACGGUGACGAGAAGACCCUGCGGCGGUCCUCUCUGUGCCUGAAAGGAGCACGGCACUUUGCAGAGAGCGAGACCCUGGACCGGUUACCACUCACCAACCCGGAGCACUUCGGCACGCCCGUCAUCGGCAAGAAGGGCAACCGCGGCCGACGCUCCAACCCUGUUCAAGAAGAACAGUCGUCCUCUUCGUCCAGCGAGGAGGAGGAGAACGAGCAGCAGCAGAAUGAAGAGCUGUUUGGCAAAGUGGUGUGUGUGGAGGGAGCGACCGCUGGUGACAAGAAGAAGACCACGUGGUACCCAGCACUGGUUAUCUCCCCGGACUGCCAUGAAGACAUGAAUGUGAAGAAGGACAACAUCUUUGUCCGCUCCUUCAAGGAUGGCAAAUUUUGCAUGGUGUUACGGAAGGACGUGCGGGAGAUGAAUUGUGACUCUCCCCCGAAGGCUGACGCGGGGCUCAAACCAGCACUGGACGCGGCGCUGGAGUUCCAGCGGCGGCAGGUGGUGCCCAGCUCCUGGCGGACGGAGGUGAAGGAAGAGAGCUCCAGCAGCGAAGACGAGGAGGACGAGGAGGAGGAGGAGGAGCAGGAGGAGGACGCCAGCAGUGAGGAGGAGGAGGAGGAAGUGGAGCCGUUCCCUGGGGAGAGGGAGAACUUCCUGCAGCAGCUCUACAAGUUCAUGGAGGACCGAGGAACGCCCAUCAACAAGAGGCCUGUCCUGGGCUACAGAAACCUGAACCUCUUCAAGCUCUACCGACUGGUGCACAAACUGGGAGGCUUCGACAGCAUUGAGAGCGGCUCGGUCUGGAAGCAGGUCUAUCAGGAUCUGGGCAUCCCUGUGCUGAACUCGGCCGCAGGCUACAACGUCAAAUGCGCCUACCGCAAAUACCUGAACGGGUUCGAGGAGUACUGCACCUCCACCGCUAUCACCUUCCGCAUGGACCUGCCCCUGAAGCAGCCCAAGGCGGAGGGCAAGACGGAGGCAGAGGCGGGGCCCGCCGCCCCCCUGGCCUCCAGCCCCGUGAAGGAGCCCACGCCCGAGCAGGAGUCCAGGGGCCCGCAGCCCGCCCCCUGCAAGGAGGAGAAGUCUGAGUCGGGCCGGUACAAAACGGAGCCGGAGUCGACGAAGACGGAGCGGAAGUCCCUGGGGAACGCCACCGUGGACACCAACGACGCCGCGGCCGAGGACGACGACGACGGUGACGACAAUGAAGACGAAGAUGAGCAAGAGUCGCGUCUGGGAGACGCGGAGGAGGGCCCGUCGGGGGCGCGGUCGGAGGGGGAGGUCAGCGUGAAGCUGGAGCCCGCAGAGCAGCAGGGACACAAGGAGAAUACUGGGGAUGUCAGCAGUCAGGAGGGGGAGGAGGAAGGGGAGGAGUUUGAGUGUUACCCCCCGGGGAUGAAGGUGCAGGUGAGGUAUGGGCGAGGCCGCAAUCUGAAGACGUACGAGGCCACUGUGAAAGAGGCAGACGUGGAGGGGGGCGAGGUGCUCUACCUGGUGCACUACUGUGGCUGGAACAUCAGAUAUGAUGAGUGGGUAAAAGCAGACAAGAUUAUCCGGCCUGCCAAUAAGAAUGUACCAAAAAUCAAACAUCGCAAAAAAAUAAAGAACAAAUCGGAUGUGGACCACAACCGACUGGAGAGGCUCCGGGAGAGAGAGGACCUGGGCCCCUCCCCCAACAACAACCGCAUCCCCCCCUCGCCUCGGUCCGGCUCCGGCCCCGAUGCCUUUUACAAGAUGGAUGACGCCUCCGAGCGGUCGACAGACGACAGCGAGCGGGAGGACGAGGAGGGAGACGAGGGGAACGAAGACGACCGGCCAGGCUACCGCCGGGGCCAGCGGAGAGGCCCGUCGGACCCCCACAAGCCGUCGGAGCGCUGGGAGACCGGGAGUCUGUCGGAAGAGGCCAAGCCUCCGUCGCUGUCCGGGAAGAACCACGACCCCGUCAGCCCGGACGGUUCAGACGGGAAGGAGGGGAAGAGGCGCAGCCAGCCGGACCCGGAGGGCGAGAAGGCCACCAGGAAGAGGAAAUCGGAGGGAUCCCUGAAGAGCCCGACCAAAGCCAAGACCAGGAACACCCGGAGCGCCGACUGGCUCCCGGGCGGCUCCCCCAGGAAGGAGGAGAGAGGGGGAGACUGCGCCGCGGACGAGAGGCGAGCCUCGUCCGACAGCAGCUCCGACGACGACGGAGCGGGGAACUCGGAGUCGCGCACGGAGGACGGCGAGCGCGGCCAGACGACGAAGACCAAAGGCUCGCCCUCCAAGAAGUACAACGGGACGAAGGAGAAGACCAAAGCGGCCGCCCGACCCACGGCCUUCUGGGACAUUCCCGAGAAGAGGGCCAAGGCGUCGGCGGGCGCGGAGGAGAAGCCGGCCGUGCGCACCAAGGGCCAGAAGGACGUGUGGUCCAGCAUCCAGGCCCAGUGGCCCAAGAAGACGCUGAAGGAGCUGUUCUCCGACUCGGACACGGAGGCGGCCAACUCGCCGCCCCCUCCGCCCGACCCGACGCGGCCGUCGGAGGAAGAGCCCAGAGAAGAGGACGAGUACGAGGAGGAGGAGGAGGAGGAGCGGCGGCGGAGGCAGCGGCGAGACAGCGGCCCCGGGGACGAGCCCUCGGAGGAGCCCGCGGACCGCGACAAACUGCAGCGGGAGUUCCCCAGCAGCGGGAGCGACUCGGUGCUCAACACGCCGCCCACCACGCCCGAGUCCCCCUCGGCGGCCCUGGGCCUUCCGUCGGAGGACCCGGGCCAGGCGCGGGCCCCGUCUCCUCCCCCCGCCGAGGACCCCGCCCUGCCUUCGGAGUCCUCCGCCGCCGCCGCCGCUGCUCUGCCGCCACCGGCGCCCGCGCCCACGGAGGAGGCGACAGGGGGGCGCAGCGAGACGGACAGCAGCACGGUGGAGGUGGAGAGCCUGGGCGGGGAGCUCCAGGACCUGGCCCAGGAGGACGGGGCCGGCUCCCCCACCAAGGCCUUCCAGGCCAGCCCCUCCUGCCACAGCGACUGCAGCCUGGAGCUGAGCAGCAGCAGCCAGCAGGACAGCGAGCAGAAACCCAAAGGUUUGACUGGGAGUCAGAAGCGGCAGAAGGAGGCACCGGUUAUGGUCCCCGCGAAGAAACCGAAGAUAAACCGCAAGAGCUUCGGAGUGCCUCCCAAGAAGAACAGGAAAACAGCCCACAGCAGCGACAGCGAGGACCAGACCCUGGCGGAGGGCGUGUCCAAGCCCCCCGCCCUGAAGAGCCUCGCUCACCCGGAGCUGAAGGCGGCCGCCGUCUCCCCCAAGUGUCCCGGGAGGACUCCCCCGUCCAGCCAUAAGUACCAGAAGCCCGGGGAGCCGGACCACCUGCACCACCGGGACCACCACGGCCGCUCGCCUCGUGUCUACAAGUGGAGCUUCCAGAUGUGUACGUCCAUGAUGGCGGACCUGGAGAAGAUGAACAGCCUGGAGCGCAUCUCCUUCCUGCAGGAGAAGCUGCAGGACAUCAGGAACCACUACCUCUCCCUCAAGUCUGAGGUCGCCUCCAUCGACCGCCGCCGGAAGCGCAUGAAGAAGAAAGAGCGGGAAAGCACGGUGGCGGCGUCUUCGUCGUCGUCGUCCUCGUCGUCGUCGCCGUCCUCCAGCUCGCUGACGGCGGCGGUCAUGCUCACGCUGGCCGACCCGCCCGUGUCCUCCUCCUCCUCGCAGAACUCUGGGGUUUCCGUGGAGUGCAGGGCCUCCAUGCGCUGGUUCAACCAUAAAGGGUUAUAGCGGUGGUGAUCGUCGCCCCGGUUACUGGAGGCGCCGUCCUGUGUGUUUGCAUCGAGGUAAUGGGCCGUGGAGAAGGAUAGGGUUUCAGUUCAUUGUGUAUCCGCUGACACCACUGUGGAUGGAGGGAAUAUGGAAUGAUACUGUAGUGCCUUUUGUGUUUUUUCUCUGCAGGAGGCACUUUGGGAAAAGGACAGCGCUUUUUAUUUUUUAUUUUUCCUCUCUGGUCCUGCUCUCAAACAAUGUAAAAUGUCGCUGAGAAUGUCCCUCUGAUAAAAAAAGAUUAAAAAAAAAGACUGAAUAUUGUGUGAUUGAGGACGCGGGGGAGUGAGGGUAGCCGCGAGCCCGACAGUGACCGGAUGGUUUUUAAAUCGCAGCCUAUCGUUAAUUUUAAGAUGUUUGAUUGUAAGAGAUGAAGCUGAACUAUACUGGAACACCGGUAAUCAACUACUGAAUGCUCGGGCGGCCUAGAAAGAGUCACCAAGGGCUUUGGCCUUCCCCUUUUCUGGAACACUGUGGUCUCUUUUAAAGCCCCCACACCCCCAAACUACAAUUCUACUUCCUGUUUCCUCCAAAAACAGCAUUAACGUAAACGGCAUUCACAUUUAAUUCCGAUUAGAUACUUCCUGUUUCCUCCAAAAACCGCAUUAACGUAAACGGCAUUCACAUUAAAUUCAGAUUAGAUGCUUCCGAUUUUCAUUUGUCGGAGGUGUGGUGUCCGAUUUCUUUGUGUAUGGUGUUGGAUCACCUCUCGCACUCACCUUCUUGCCAGUUGCAGUUCAACAAGCAGUAGCUUGGAUAAUCACUUUUUUAAUGUUGUGAUGUCCAGAAAGUAUGUAUUUAUAAAAAGGAAGGACGAGAUUAACGGUGUCGAGGGUUGGCAUAGCACAACAAUAACAUGAAAUCAAGAAGGAAAUACUUUAGGUUAACUGGAAAACUGCAAUCUCCUUGCAUAUUUAAUCACCCAAUGAAUUGUUAAUUAUUGUUAUCCACUGCCCUCACAUGUUGCUGAUGAAUUAAAUUAAAGGCAACCACAGUAUGUGUUUACAACAGUCCCGUAUCAAUUAAAUGGUAGUAUUGGCAUCCAUAUCCAAUUUGGAUCAAGACCCAGCAACGACAGGCCCAAUCACAUCAUCUUUAUUUUGUUCCUCCUUUGUUCAUGCCUACCAAAAAAGUUGUUUAUUUUUAUUUUGCCGAGAUAGGACUAAUGGUAAAGGUAUUGUAAAUGUACAUUUAUAUCAUAAAGUGAUGUGUGUUUCAGACGACAUAUCCAGUGUUUCCACUGUAUAAACCCCCACUGUAUGAUAACCCGAAGCUAUGUUUUUGUUUGGCACUUGUAAUUGUAUGCUUUUGUUAUACAUUUGUAUAUUGAGAAGAGUGUUUUGAGUCAAGCUAUUUAAUAUCUUGCACUGUUAAUAACAUGUACUUUUCUGUACAGACAGUUUUGCGGUUUUAACUGUAGUUUUGAGUGUAAAUACUAAGAGUUAAAGCAUGUCUGCUCCCCCUACCUACCCAAUCGUCCUCAGUCUCGUUAUCUCGUAGAAAAUGAUUUAUUUGAUAUCAUUUUUUGUUCUCCUGUUGCUUUCCGUAAUUUCAACUACAUUGUUCUGUUUGUUGUUUUUGUUUUUUUCUGUUACAAAUGUAUGUUUUGGAAUUGUUUAUAUUUUAUCUUGUUUUUGUUAGCUGCCUCGUGCUUGACAGAAGAAUCGUGGUUUAGGAGGCGGCCGUUUUCCAGUAUGUACAUGGGCUGUCGCGGAUGCUUUUUAGACCUGUAAGGAAAAUGGUAUGGAUCAUAGAAUAAGAGAAAGAGGUGGGGCUCAUUGAAAAACCAAGCUCUGUAGUAUUUAUUAGGCUCAUCUUACGAUGGUCAUUGUGUAAUUUAUUGUACAAAUGUAAUCAAACAGAAGCCUCUGUUUGAAAUAAAUGCCAUAGUUUGUGAAGUACAGAGUCUCUGUCUCCAAUGCGUAUGAAGGUGUUUAUAAUCCUGCCGGUUUAUUCCAGAAAUGAACUGCAUAAACUGCAGUAAGUAUGUUUAUUUUUUUCAUUAUUCCGCAUUUUUGUGUCUUUCAGUAAAGCGAUAGUUACGUGUGUAACUACGGUUCUAUGAAUCCUAGAUGAGCAUGGUUUCCACUGCUGCGCAGGCUCUGCAGCAGUUCACCACAGCGGAUCUCCUGUCUCAGUUACAGGGCAAGAUCUGGCAUCCCGACCCUCGUUGCCUACAGCUAUGGGUCUGGCCGCUGCAGGGCCCAACCCGCUGCUGACGGAGUGCUCAGACGAUGUCUGCAAUACCAUACUGAACGCCAGGGCGCCUUCUACCCGGGCGCAGUAUGAGAAUAGGUGGCAGCUAUUUACGGCAUGGUGUUCAGACGGGGCUGAGGACCCUGUGCAUUGUUCAGUUCCAACGAUUUUGGAGUUCCUCCAGUCGCUCCUGGAUGGCGGCCGGGCCCCAGCUACUCUGAGGGUAUACGUGGCAGCCAUCCCCUCAAGACAUGCUCGGGUGGAUAAUGACACAGUGGGGGGCCACAGAUUGUUGUCCCUUUUUCUGAAGGGGGCGUUGCGGUUACGUCCCCCACGAGUACAGCGUGCCCCAGCAUGGGAUCUGCACCUGGUGCUCGAUGCUUUAUGCUUGCCUCCUUUUGAACCCCUGGCUCAGGCGGAGCUGAAGUGGGUCUCCACUAAAACUGCCUUUCUCCUCGCCGUCGCGUCAGCGAAGCGCGUCGGGGAGCUUCAUGCUCUGUCCGUGAGUGACUCAUGUCUGAGGUGGAACUCGGAUGGCUCAGGGGUUACCCUGUGGCCGAAUCCAGCUUUCCUCCCGAAGGUUCUGUCAUCUUCAAAACCUCAACCAACCUGUCCGCCUGGCACAAUUUAUCGCCUCGGAAGGGGAGGACAGGUUCAAACUGCUGUGUCCUGUGCGAGCUCUGAGAGCGUACGUAGCUGCGACCGCAGGCAUUAGACGGUCGGACCAGCUCUUCCUCUGCUAUGGUGGUCCUAGGAGGGGCUG